AUGGUCUUGGCAGAUACUCUAAGCCGGUUACCAAAUCCAGAAAACCAUGGUGACAUUGAGCUAGACGAGCACAUAAAUGGAAUUGAUGCAGAGAUUGAGGAUCCAGAGUUGCAUACCAUCACCAUAAUAAAUUUCUCUGAAAAACAGGACGCGCUCCAUACAGAAACUGCUGAAGAUCCUAAACUUAGUGUGCUGAAAGAGCUGAUACACCAAGGAUGGCCAGAAAAGAUACAAGACCUGCCUAAAGACCUGCAUGCUUAUUCGUCCUUUAGGGAUACACUCGCAGUGGAAUCAGGAGUCAUAGUCAAGGGCAGGCAGGUUCUCAUUCCAGACUCCAUGACUGAGGCUAUCCUAAAACAGUUACAUGGAGGCCAUCAAGGCAUAGAGAAAACACGCCGGCUUGCACAAGAAAGGGUCUAUUGGACAAAGAUGAAUGACGACAUUGAAAGAAUGGAAGAAGAGGGCCGGACAGUGAGGGUGAGUGGCCUGCCCACAGACAUUGAGGAUGAUAGACUUACAGACAAACUGUAUGUUCAUUUCUUGAGAGCCAAGCAUGGGGGAGGAGAAAUAGUCUCUGUAACCAUUGUUGAGGCAUUGCAGGGCACAGCCCUCAUCACCUUUGAGGACAGGCAAGUUGCACAGCGAGUUGUUGAACAUGGUCAACACAUUCUGCUUGUGGAUGGGAAGAAGCAUGAAUUAACUUUAACCAAGCCUUGCCAAAAUCUGGACCCAAAUAAGGUUAUUUUGAGUAUGUUAGUAACUGUUGAUUACAGCCAGAUACCUCUUGGACAAACAACAGUGACAAGACUUCACAAAGGCCACCCUGACAUUCAUAUAGACUAUAAUACUCCAGAGGAACUGUGUACACUGAGGGGGCCCUACUCCCAUGUCCAGGCUGCCUUGGCAGAGCUGCUUGGACUUCUUGGAGGUCCAGGAUUUACACAACACAUCAAUACAGGUUACCCUUCUUUCAGUGAUUCCAAGGUUUUCCAUAGAGACCAGACAUCUUAUUCUAUGAAGUCCCACGGGGAAGGACAGGGCAGGAGACCAAAUGAACAGAGGGAACAUAUAGAGCAGGUUCACAGGACACCUGGAGCUUACAGAUCAAGCCCACGCGGAGAACCAACAUCUGGGGGUCAUGGUUGGGAUGACACAGGCCACGUGGCAGCUGGGGCUGUGCAGCUACUCAGAUAUUCCACCAUGGCAGAGGACUUCUCACUGAUUAUGGACGCGGACCUCUUCCACUAUCUGCAGAAACACUGUGGGGAGGAGUACCAGCAUAUCCUCAGUCAGUACGGUGUGAAUGUGAUUGAUGUGACAGCACAGGGGCUGACCACUCUUUUCCUGCAGAGCACAACAGGGGUGGGGCAGGCUGGUCGAGAGCUGGAGCACCUACGGAUGGCAAGUGGGGAGCUAAGUAGGCUUUACCAGGAGCAUGAGAAGAAGAUCUGUCGAGCUCAGCUGUCCAAGAACAUUCUCCAUCCCAGAGGAGGCCUAGAAACAGCCAUGGAAAACUUGAGUGUCAGACUCUCCAAGAUCCUCCUGGCUGAAGAUGACCAAAAUAUUUACAUCACUGGGAGCAGUAGUGAUGUGUGUGAGGCCAAAUGCUAUCUUCUGGAUCAGAGUAAAGGGAAUGGUGUGAGAGAGGAUGUGGCUAGUCUUCUUAGAUAUCCCUCAUAUGACUUGGGUUCAUCAAAGCCAGAUGAGGAGGCGAGGCUCAUGCGUGGUUUACCCUCACAAUCUCUUCACUCAACUGUGGAUGGUAGGAAAGACAACUUGCUGAGCUCCGAUGAGGAUGAAAGGAGGGCUGAGGGAGCCAGUAGAUACAAACUAGCAGCUCGGUUUAAGGACUCAGGGUUGGGGGGAUUAGGGAAUCGACCAGGCAACUUCACUACAGCCAAAGUGGUGAAAUCUCCCAUGACACAGACCGGCCUUGGUUCUAUACUUGGCCCUGAUGGUCUGUCAGAGACAGAAGGUUUUAUCCAUGGAGAGCAUUCUAGAGCAGCAGUGCAAAACACCGGAGGCGACAUCUUGUUUAAGAGUGGAGAUCAGAAUAAACCCUACCUAAGCUCAACAUCAGCUUACACUGGGCAGAAGUUCACCAUCCCUCCUCUCAACACAGCUCAGUCCUCUCAGUUAGCCAGCAGUACUCAUCCAUCCACUUGCUCUGGGUCCAAUUUGAGGAGAACCAGUAGUUUUUCAGAGCGACCCCAGCCUAAAACUCAGGCAAAUAGACACAGUGAGGAUCAAGAAGAUACUGGGAAGAACAGAACCAGGGGCAGGUCAAGUAGUUGCAGUAACCAAACAAGGAGGGACAAGAAAGAUGUCCUGAGUGCAGAAAUAACCAUUUCCAAGGUGAUGUGGGAAUACAUAAAAGAGGUGUAUGGAUAUCGACUGCAAGAUUUGACCACUGGCUUGCAGUUGAAGGAGAACCACUCAAGAAGUAGCUAUGAUCUGACUGUCAUCUUUUUAGGGGCAGACUCCUCCAGAGUGAGCUUGUGCCAGCUAGGUUUACAGAAGCUUAUUUCCAUGGUGACAACAGAUUUCUCAAUGCAGGAGCUGUGUCUAUCAGAGCUGGGUGUGGCCGACUCGGCAGAUGAAACCUUAGAGGCUUGCUUGGCUGAAGUACGGAGCAGAUUCAGAAAAGUUAGCAUUCUGACAUUACAGCAGAAGCUAUAUCUACUUGGCCCUAAAGAGUUAUGUGCUCAGGUGGCUGCUGCACUGAGAGAGGUGUUUUGCAGACCACCAGCUCAGGCAUCCAGACAGCAUGACAUCUCCAUCUCCUCCACUAACAUUUUCAAUGAGUCUGUCGCUGCACAGACCAAUGAGGGCCAAAAUAGCACCCUGCACUGCAACAACAGUGAUGCUCAGCAGAAGUCGGACCACCAAAGAAGGAGAGAAGGUGGAUCUGGUAGUGGCCAAGACAGGAAAUCUGCUCAAGAAAGUGACUCAACUGAGAGACAGAGAAAUUGUGAGAUAGAGCGCUUUAGUGGAUCCGUCAGCCAGCCUUUAGUAAGGAAAGACCCCGUCAUUAAGGAGCAGGCAAAAAGUGCAGGGAUAAUGCAGGCAGAUGGACAGAAGACAGAUGAUAGAAGUGUGACAACUGUGAGCAGCAUUGGGUCACCAGCAGGGUCUGCUGGUCAGGACAUGGUCACAAUUCAAAAAGAAACUUUCAUACAUUCGAAGGCAACUCAGAGGGAACCUGAAAACCAGCAAAAGCCUGAGGAGUAUCCCACCCAUUCCAGCAUGGGCAGGUCUAGUCUCGGGGAUCAGGGAAACAGCUGUGUAUGGUUUGUGUGA